UCAUGGUGGUGGUGGCUGGUGGCGCUCCUUUGGCAACUUUUACUUUCCUUGUGGGAGAAAAUUUGUUGCAGAGGAUGGAUGGAAAGUUAACAAAAAGGCGAGGGGUUAAAAAACGCAAGGGAAAUCCUUAUUUAUAGACCAUCUCUGUAGCAGUGAAAGUGAUAGACUCAGAAGAAUGUGGGGGCCUAGAGACAAGGGGCCUAAAAGCAGGGUGGGGGUUUCUAGGGCCGUGCGGACACUGUAGGGGCAGGUUUCUCCAAGUACAAAAAGCUGAGGGAUCUGCAAGCCUUUGGGGGAGGGCCUGGUGUGAAUUGGGUUCCUGGGGAUUUGUGGGGAUAGUGCCUUUAUAGAAAGGUUUCUCAGAGACUCAUCAUUGUUGGUCUCUGCUCCCAUUCUUGUGUUAGUUGGCAGCGUGGGGAGGGGGAGUUGUUGCAGUCGGUCAUGGAAGGAAUGGUGGUGCCUGCAGGUCCAGUCUCUCCUUGGUCUUAUCAGGAGCUGUGCUGCAGCAGAAUUUAUGGCGCGCUAAAGAUUGCUAUUGGCGGUCAAUGUCUCUCAGCAUAGAAGAUCUAAAGCAGACCUUGCUAUACACAACAUUGGAACUAGAGUCGACGCGAAUGGCUGCCAAGGAAGAGAUGAAGAAAAAUGAAGAGAGCAUGAAGCAGUUGCUUCAGGCUCUCAAGGCGACCUGCCAGGAAAGAGAUGAAAUCAAGGGGCAGCUUCAAACGUUGCUUGACAAGUUGGCACAGGCCCCUUCAAAUGAUGUCUGCCACAGCCUUAAAGUUAACCUUCAACCUGAGACUCCUAGGGGAGCAUCGAGAGGAUAUUCAGGAUUAUCUGAAUCUGAUAGUCUCUCGGAGACAUAUAAGCAUCAUUCUUAUGUUUCAUCUCCUACUGAUUCAUUUUUUGAAUCAACCUCCUCUCCAGAAUUUCAGAACGUCAAUUUUGCUGAGUCUGGUAACAUAAGCUUGCUAGACCAACCAUUUGUUGAAAGUUAUAACCCAUCAAUUUCUUCUUGUCUUGUAAUUGACAUGAAAGAUGCACAUCAUUCUUCAGUGAAGACUGCAUCCGAAAAUGCUGGAGUUUUUCGGUCAAAUGAGCGUCUUAUCAAGGUGAAACCACUUCCAGAGAAAGGUAAACUUCUUCAAGCAGUUCUAGAAGCUGGACCGCUACUUCAGACCCUUCUUAUUGCUGGGCCCCUUCCUCGCUGGCGAAACCCUCCACCGCUCCAGUCGCUUCAAAUUCCAACUAUUCCUAUUCGGGGCAUUAGCACUUCGACUCCGAUUCAGACACAAGUUAGUGCUCCACUUAUUCAUCGUCAAGGUUCUGCAAAAUUGGAUUACCACCAAGAUUCUCUGAGCAUUCCUCCAAUGUCUUCUGGCUCUCUUGUGCAUUCCUCUGUCAUGGUCGCUCCAACUUUAAAGAGACCUUUUUUAUCUUCAUCAGUUGGCAACUUUGGAGAACAAGAUCCACAGCCUGCAACCAAACUGAGAAAGUUCUAAUGAUAUGUUAACUUGGUUACUUUCUCAGCCUGAGAGAUGUUGCAACCUGUGUGGUCCUUAGACCUUCAUCUGUUGCAAAUUUGUAAAUUGGUAUCUGUAUUUAAAUGUAAAGCGUUUUUGUUCUACUACCUAUAAAUUAAACGUUGAGUGGCGCGUACAAUAGUAUAAUACGCUCUUUGUCUAUCAUGCUAUGGACUACCUAUAGCACCACUUGAUCUGAUAUGACAAAUCAUUUUGUUCUAGAAGGUCACAUGUCAUUGUAU